GAGUCUCUCGGAGUUGCUGCUCCCGGUUCCGCUCUUCUUUUUGUAAUUGCCAGCCCUGUUGGUCCAUACUACCCCACCGGCUUCAAGGCAGUUUCCCUUGAAGCCACUGAUUAUGCUGUUCGUGCAUGGCCAGGUGGUGUCGGUGACAAGAAACUGGGUGCAAACUAUGCCCCUUGCAUUGUCCCACAGAUGGAAGCUGGAACUCGUGGCUUCCAGCAGAAUCUCUGGCUCUUCGGUGAGGAAGAGUAUGUCACCGAAGUCGGUACUAUGAAUUUGUUCAUCGCCAUGAAGAACAAGGAAACUGGCAAAAGCGAGCUUUUGACCCCUCCAUUGGAUGGAACUAUCCUCGAAGGUGUGACCAGAGACUCUGUCCUGGCUUUGGCAAGGGAGAGACUUGUCCCAAGAGGGUGGGGUGUGUCUGAGCGCAAAGUCACCAUGAAGGAGAUUUCUCAGGCAGCAAAGGAUGGCAGACUCAUCGAGGUCUUCGGUGCUGGUACCGCUGCCAUUGUCAGCCCUGUCCGUGAUAUCAGCUGGAAAGGACAAAAGAUCGAGUGUGGCUUGAAGCCGAAUGAGGAGGCUGGCCAGGUCGCUCUUGAGAUGAAGAACUGGAUUGAGGAAAUCCAGUAUGGUGAGGUUGAGCACGAAUGGAGGUAA